AUGCGCCAGAACGAUUCACUUCACGCUCAUCAUGCCUGGGUGAUCCGUGUACCAGACAUACAGCUUCUGGAUGAGCAGGCCCGCGAUUCGGAUGACCUUGCUCAUACCUUCGAGUUGUUGCAGAUGGCACAUACACCCCCACCACCCCCAUCACAGCCCCCAUCCGCCAGAAACAAUAAACCAUCAUCACAGCCCGCCACAACGCGGACAUCGAAAUCGCUCGCACAGACCAUUGCCGAGGAAUGGUCAAGAGAGUCGAAAGAAGCGAAAGAGAAGUGGAGAAUGGCGGACGCGAAGCUCAGGGAUUACUUCCCACCGAGUCGAUCGAGUGUGCAGAGGAAACCAAAGGCAAAGAUGUAG